ACUCGUGUGGACUACAACAACAGCAGCAGCAGCAGCAGAAAGAAAACCCCUCUGCUCUGAGAAAAUGUGUCACCUCAAUGCACUGGGAGUCUACCUUUGGGAGACCAUAGUAUUCUUCAGCCUCGCCGCUUCCAAAGAAACUGGAGCAGCAGCUCGGUCAGCUCCUAAGCCAAUGUCCCCUUCAGAUUUCCUGGAUAAACUGAUGGGAAGGACAUCAGGAUACGAUGCCAGAAUCAGGCCCAAUUUUAAAGGCCCUCCAGUGAAUGUCAGCUGCAAUAUUUUUAUCAACAGCUUUGGAUCUAUUGCAGAAACUACAAUGGAUUACAGAGUGAAUAUUUUCUUGCGGCAGACAUGGAAUGACCCUCGACUGGCAUACCAUGAGUAUCCAGAUGAUGCCCUGGAUCUGGACCCAUCUAUGUUAGACUCCAUCUGGAAACCAGAUUUGUUCUUUGCCAAUGAGAAAGGAGCUCACUUUCAUGAAAUCACAACAGAUAACAAACUCCUACGCAUCUCCAAAAAUGGCAACGUCCUGUACAGCAUCAGGAUUACUUUGACACUGGCUUGCCCUAUGGACCUGAAGAACUUCCCCAUGGAUGUCCAGACUUGCAUCAUGCAGUUGGAAAGCUUUGGCUACACAAUGAAUGAUCUGAUAUUUAGAUGGCAGAAAGCUAAUGCUGUGCAGAUUGCUGAGGGGUUAACCUUGCCUCAGUUCAUCCUAAAAGAAGAGAAAGAUUUGCGUGACUGCACUAAAGAGUACAAUACAGGCAUGUUCACCUGCAUAGAAGCCCGUUUCCAUCUGGAGAGGCAGAUGGGCUACUACCUGAUCCAGAUGUACAUCCCCAGCUUGCUGAUUGUAAUUCUCUCCUGGAUCUCCUUCUGGAUCAACAUGGAUGCUGCACCUGCCCGGGUUGGCCUGGGCAUCACUACUGUGCUCACCAUGACCACUCAAAGCUCUGGUUCUCGAGCAUCUUUGCCCAAGGUGUCCUAUGUUAAGGCCAUUGACAUCUGGAUGGCUGUGUGCUUGCUGUUUGUGUUCUCAGCACUUCUGGAGUACGCUGCUGUCAACUUUGUGUCCCGGCAGCACAAAGAGCUCCUCAGGUUCAGAAGAAGGAGGCGGCACCACAAGGAGGAUGACACUGGAGAAGGCCGAUUCAACUUCUCUGCCUAUGGAAUGGGACCUGCCUGUCUGCAAGCCAAGGAUGGCAUCUCAGUCAAAGGAGCCAACAACAACAACACAGCAAAUCCAGCACCACCCGCUUCCAAGUCUCCUGAUGAAAUGCGCAAGCUUUUCAUCCAACGAGCCAAAAAGAUUGAUAAGUUCUCACGGAUCGGUUUCCCUAUGGCUUUCCUCAUCUUCAACAUUUUCUACUGGAUCAUCUACAAGAUUGUCCGAAGAGAAGAUGUACACAAGCCUUGAGUUGAGAUGGGGAGAGUUCCUAUGCCAAAAUCAAGGAGGAUGGAUGGUUGCAAAGGCAAGACAGUUGGUUACUCUAUACUCACCAUGUGCAAUAGCA